GGAAAAAAAAAAUCUUUUCUUUCCGUAAGAAUAUGGGUUAGUCUGUCCUUUUCUCCAAUUCUUACCCUCUUUUCGGGAUCUCAAAUUCUCAAACAUAUCCGACUCUCUCUCUUCGUGGUUCCCUUUCUUCCUCUUUCGUCUGCAGAAGCAUUCCCAAUGUCUAAAUGUUCAUUUAAGAUGGAACACCCUCUCGAAAGGAGGCAAGCGGAGGCUCAUCGGAUCAGAGAGAAGUAUCCCGACAGAAUACCAGUGAUUGUAGAACGAGCUGAAAAGAGUGAUGUGCCUGACAUUGUUAAGAAAAAAUAUCUGGUGCCUGCUGAUCUGACUCUUGGCCAGUUUGUGUACGUGGUCCGAAAGAGGAUCAACCUCAGUCCUGAGAAAGCUAUUUUCAUUUUCGUCAAGAACAUUUUGCCACCUACUGCGGCAUUGAUGUCUGCGAUUGAUGAAGAUAAUAAGGAUGAAGAUGGUUUUCUUUAUAUGACGUACAGUGGCGAGAACACAUUCGGGCAACUGUGAAACAUGACGAAGUUAUUUGUCUGUGUGAAUAUGGGUCGAAAAAGAGAAGAAAAAACGAAGUGUGGAGUUUAGCUUAUGUAGAUUCUCCAUUUCUCCUUGGUCCAUUUGAUGUGUUUUUCCGGUUAACGAAUAGUCUGACAAACCUUUCUUUUUAUAUUAAUAAUAUGGCAACUUAUCGACUUAUGUC